AUUCAAAAGUUCAGGUUUCACAAGUUCCACAUUCCCCACCGAAUCGGUACCUUACGGACGAACAGUCGGCUAGUACCCUUACUGGUUGCCCGAGUAGCUGCUACUUCAACUCCACUAGCAACUAGCAAGUCGAUUCUGCGGUAGUUAAAUUCCCGGUGCAUUCAAUUCUGAGCAUGGUUGCUUCGAUGCCACUACUAUGGCCCAACCACUGAAUACGGCAGCAGCAGCGCACGGCAAUUGCCAGCUGCCAGCUUAUAUUCCGCAGUCACCAUACAGACGACGGCAAUGCAAGCCAAACAACAUGUACGGCAAAGCAAGAAGUUUGAAUAGGCUGAAUCGAUGUUUAAACCAUGCGUUGUCGAGGAGCAGGCCGAUCAUCGCAGAAACCGUCGAAAUCGGCCUAUCAGGGUUGCACAUCGAGUUUGCUAACUUUGCUGGAGAAACAGAAUUUAACGGUGCAAUGUGUCAAAGGGUCACAAAUUAUUCCUACUCGUUACACCAUUGAAUGAUUUUGCCAACAUUUCCCCAAUAGAUGCCGGGCAUAAUGCCGUUUUCCUUAUAAAACACCACAUAUUAUAUGCGCAGGUAUGUUGUAUGUAUGCUACGACGGCUGAAUACACAGCAGUGUAUGGAGUGAUUGCGUAGUGAUGGUGCUUUGCUGAUACGAGGAACAGUGCAACAUUCGAAAGCCAUCCGCGUGGGUUCGCGGGAAAUUGUACUGGAAAACUAUCCCCUACAGUCAGUAGUGUGUGUGCCUAGUGUGUCCAGCCAUAACGGGCAGCAUGGACAGUGGCCAGCGAUUAAUGCACUCAGCCUUUGCAUUGUCCCGCUCCAAAAACCCCGUUGUCGAAGAGCCCGUGUUUCCCCGUGGCGAUGUGCAUCGCCUGGGGCCAUCACCGUACCAUGUAUCCAGCGAGAAUACCACGCGUUCACGGAAGAAUAAACCAGCGCCGUCCAUGCGUCUGAAUCGGGAAGACAGCGGCUCAUGGAGAUUUAGUCCCAUCCAGUCGACGGAAUCAGCGUCCGUCUUCCGACCGCCUGCCCACGCUAAUCCGCCGUUUGCGCAGCAGGAGAAACGUAAGCACUAUUCUCUGCCGGCGGCUGAUGGCUCGCAUUACGGGGGAAUGUCAUCGUCGUUCUCCUCCGAGAGCCCCUACGGGUACCACCAUCAGCCCGCGUAUUCAGGGGGCCAUCAUCAUCCGUCGGUGACGUCACUGUCGCCCUUCCAUCCCCUGUCGACGGAACGCGCGCUGCCGUUUGAUUUGUCGAAUCCCUACGCAUCUCGGCCCCUUCCCAGUGGGAGCGGGGUACGGGGCCACCAUUUAUUACCCGUGGCCAAGCCGAAAGCCAGGAAGUCCAAGCACAAUGAGUCGUUUCAUAAAAGCGCGCCACAGUUGUUUCCCAUGCCGCCGCCAAUUCGUAAUUUCGUUCCCGGGAUGACGAAAGAUAGCGCGGAUAAAAUGAAGCCUCCGGAGAAAAUCAGGAAGAAGCCAGGACCAAAGCCGGGCAGUAAAGCGGUGGUAAAUGUGCCCAUUAUCAAAGUGGAUGGACGGUGGAAAGCGGUGGAGGAUACACACCACACCCGCUUGAUGGAUUUAAUUAAAUUGAAACCGGGAGAGGAAGCGGAAUUCGAAGAAGAACUGAGCUUAAAUUUGACCCGUGGGAAUAAACUGAAGACGCAUUCUGCUGGUCGAUCCAUGAAGAAAGAGAUUAAACGGCUCAGUUCUCUGCGUUCAGGCCGUCGAGAGGAAUUCGGUAUCAAGCCUGACAGUCCGGCAAGUGACGGCGAUGUAAACGGUGGUCAGGGGGUGAAAGUUAUUGCCAAAGUACGAGUCGGGGCUGCUCCCGAGGAACGCUAUCGCAGACCAAUAAUGUCCAAUCCGGAUUCGGAGAUUUUUGAGCAAUACUAUAGCGCGAAAAAACGUAUUCAGACCACAUUAAAACGUGCCAAACCGCUCACGAUGAUGCGACGGUCUCCGACAUCCAAAUUAAGUGCCGUCCUGUCCCGCAAGAAGGAUGAGUCCAGUGGUCACCACCAGGCGCUUUUUAGUCCUUUGGGAAUAAAUUAUCCAGCUUCGGACUGGGGUCGAGCUGCGUUCAUGCCUGCUGGAAAGUUAGCUCGCAGUCCUCGUUUGACGGACGAGUACGACAUUUUGGGCAGUUUACCAUCAGUCAGUUCAACGCCAUCGUACGCUAAUUCCGACACUCAGCUGAGUGAAUCAGAUGCCGACGAGAAUCGAAAAAAGAUUCUGGUGCAACUACAAAAGCUAAAUGAUAAGCGCGCCCGAUUGGAGGCUCAGUUGACCAAGAUCCAACGGAACAGCGGAGCUCCCGUACAACCACCUGGACCCUCUGCAUACGAACCUACGAAUUUACCAACCCUGCAUGCAAAACCAGCACGUCCGCCUCCAGAGUCAUUUCCGGGGGUCAAUGUGGUGGAGGUUGUUCCGCCUCGUCCUCCUCCUCCUCCACGCGAUUACGUCAGAGAACAGUGGAAGAUUAUCGCCAUGAAGUUUGUUCCUAUGGCGGUUCGAAUGCGCAAUAUUCGUAAAGCAGAGGCCAGGAAUUGCCGCGCUAAGAUCAACGCGGCAUGUUUACGGGAGCAUGCCGAUAAUCGGCUGGAAUCCGAACGUUUAGCAAUGGAAUACGUACAGCGCUGCAAAUUCCUUGUGCGCGACAUGUUUGCUCGGUGGAAAGUGAUCGAUAAAGAAGAGCGGAAAUACAAGCGAUUGCAGGAACGCCAAGAGGUCGAGCAGAAGCGCAUUGAUUUGGAAAUGCAGGAGGCUCGGCGGCAGCAGCGCAAACUUAACUUUCUGCUGACACAGACAGAGCUGUAUGCCCACUUUAUGGGCAAGAAAAUAAGCGGCACAGCCGAUGCUGAUCCAGUUGCCGAUCCAAGUGCAAUUUUGCAAAAACUAGAGGAAGCAGAAAAUGACAGCGAGCAGAAGGAGGAAUCGGAGGAACCGGAUCCGACUACCUUACUUGUUGGCACCAAAGGCAAAGAAGAAGCGGUGAAGAAUGUCACCCAAGCCGUUGAAAUCAACCGCAAAAGGAUGGCUAAUUUUAACGAGGAUGCUGGCAUUGCAAUCGAGGCGGCUGGGAUGAAGUUGUCGGAUGACAAGAUUCUUUCAGAACCGGUGAUGUUUGAUGGGGAGUUGAAAGGGUAUCAAAAAAAGGGUGUAUCCUGGCUGGCCAGCUUAUUUUCAAAUGGCAUCAAUGGAAUUCUGGCUGAUGAAAUGGGGCUCGGGAAGACAGUACAGUCCAUCGCUUUUUUGGCCCACGUAGCUGAAGAAUACGGUAUUUGGGGACCAUUCCUUAUUGUGGCUCCGGCUUCCACAUUGCACAAUUGGCAACAAGAGUUCCACCGUUUCGUCCCAAAAUUUAAGGUUGUUCCGUACUGGGGAACUGCGGACGAAAGAAAAAUAUUACGGCAGUUCUGGAAGGCUGAUAAGAUGCACACGGAGCAAGCCAGCUUUCAUGUUGUCGUUACGAGCUAUCAGCUGGUAGUUCAGGAUGCACCAUAUCUGAAGAAGUUAAACUGGCAGUACAUGAUCCUGGAUGAAGCUCAAGCGAUCAAAAGCAGUACUAGCAUUCGAUGGAAACUGCUAUUGGAUUUUCCAUGCCGAAAUCGGCUGUUACUUACCGGAACACCUAUCCAAAAUUCGAUGGCAGAACUUUGGGCGCUGCUGCAUUUUAUUAUGCCUUCCCUUUUUGAUUCUCAUUUGGAAUUCAGUGAAUGGUUUUCGCGCGACAUAGAAAGCCAUGCUGAGAACAAAUCUCAGAUUGACGAAAAGCACUUAAGCCGACUGCACAUGAUCCUUAAGCCAUUUAUGAUGCGAAGAAUCAAGCGUGAUGUCGAAGAAGAGUUAUCGGACAAGAUCGAAAUCAUGAUGCAUUGUCCUCUCACCCGUCGACAACAAAUGUUAUAUGAAGCCCUUAAGCACAAGAUUUCGAUUGAUGAUCUCCUGUACUCCUCGUGUUCUUCUGUAACGGCGUCCAGUGAAAGUACAAGCACGUUGCUCAACUUGGUCAUGCAGUUUCGAAAGGUGUGUAAUCAUCCGGAACUCUUUGAGCGCCGUGAUGUUCGUUCCCCUGUCUUUUCUGGCGGCAUCGAAUGCAGUGUUCCUAAAUUGGUGUACAAUGACUGUGUCCGGCAGGAUGACUUAGCUGCGAAACAGUCGAUCAUUCAUAAAUACUUCUUGCUGUCAUCCCCAGCCAAUGUAAGGCAUACUCGUGUGGAAAAAGAACAAUCAAAAGGGCCACUUAGCUCGAUAUUGUCGUUUUGCCGAUUUUAUCCAGUGGAUGAAUGCGAUAUUGAAAAGACUUUCCGUCUUGGCUACGCCCACCUGUUAACAGCUAGAGAUAAACUGGAAUCUGUGCGAUCGACAUCGCUUAUGAAAGACGUCUUUGGUUCUGAAAAAACGAGAUCGGUAUCCGCUCCCAGUCUUCUACUGGAUCCAUUUCUGGCUCUGUCGCCAUCGAAAACAUCGGAAAUAUUUCCUCAUUUGAUCGUAUGGAAUGCUGAAAUCCAUCGCUACGCAUAUGGCCAUUGCCGAAUCCACCACAUAGCUGACAGCACGGAUCAGAAAACGCAGAAACCGGUGGAGCAGCCGGAAGCAGAGACGUUUUCCGCAGGAGACGAUAGUCAGGCAGAGGCUGAGGUGGAGGAGCCGCGUCAACCUCGACUUAUUGACACUUAUCCUCUUUGUCUGCCCCGGUUUUUUACUUGCUACGUUCCGAAGGCGCUUUGCAAACCGUCUUUCAUGUAUUGUUACGACCGACAUGCAGAGUCCGAUCAGCAGCUACUGUCGUUACGUAAUAGCUCUAACGACAGCCGAGAGCUGCUACUAUAUGGAUCAAAAAGAGAAGCUGAAUUAUAUCGGAAAAAUCGUUUUGUAUUUAAGCCAGCAAAAAUUGGAGGGCUUUUUGGUGUGCGGGAGGAAAUGGUGUGGUCACCCCUGGAAAUUCCUGAUAAACAACAUUUGGUUGUGGAUUCCGGGAAAUUGCGCGUUUUGGAUAGUUUAUUGCACAGACUGAAAGACGAGGGACAUCGAGUUUUAAUCUACUGUUUAAUGACAAAGAUGAUGGAUAUUCUGGAAGAGUUUAUGGUGUUCAAGCGGUAUCCGUACAUUCGCUUAGACGGGUCAUCGAAGAUAGCCGAACGGCGCGAUAUGGUUCAUGACUUCCAGUCACGGGAUGACAUAUUUGUUUUUCUGCUGAGCACCAGAGCCGGCGGUUUGGGUAUCAACUUGACCGCGGCAGAUACAGUAGUAUUCUAUGAUAGCGACUGGAAUCCGACUGUGGACCAGCAAGCCAUGGACCGGGCGCAUCGUCUUGGCCAGACCAAGCAAGUCACAGUGUACCGGUUGAUAUGUCGAAAUACGGUGGAGGAACGCAUAUUGCAACGCGCCCAAGAAAAAAGCGAGAUCCAGAGAAUGGUCAUCAGCGGUGGAGAUUACCGACCGGAUACGUUACGCCCAACGGAAGUUGUAUCCCUACUGCUGGACGACGAAGAAAUUAGAUCACGAUUGCGCCAGCGAGAAUCUGAAGGCAGACCGAAAGAAACCGGACAAAAAAAAAGUGCCUCCAAAUCAAAGGCAUCGAAGCCGAAAACCGAUAGCACGAAAAGUAAAAAGAAAUCGAGUAGUAAAAGGAAGAUAGCAGAUGUCAAUGCGGAUGCGGCGGAUAGUGGUUCGAAAAUCAAGAAAAAGAAAGCCACAUCCGCCACCGGCACAAGCGUCGGUAACACUGAAACGAGUACACCGGAGCCGGCGACUAGCAGCACCAGUAACAAAAAGUCGAAAUCAAAGGUUUCCAAAAAACCGAAUGCGGUGCCAGUCCCUAGCGAAAGCGAACUCGGUAAUACCGAAGUUCAUCAGGGGAAAGACGAUGACCUUCUUGGCACUGAAGUGGCUGCUACAUCGUCGCAGUCAGCGGCAUCUGUGGAGGCUUCCAUUCCUGCCCCAGAUGUUAAAGUGUCGGCAAAAAAGGCCAAAUCGAAGAAGUCAAAAGCGGAGAAAUCCGUUACGCAGGACACACCAAAGAAAGGUGCCAAACGCUCUCGGGAUAUGGCAGACAGUGCCCUCGAAACAGUUCGAACGGAAACUGUGAAUAGUUCCGUCGAAACUAACGGAAAGCAUGCCGCAAAUCAUAAGAAGUAACUGCAAGCACGACUGCACGUUGGAUUUAAAAACCAUCGGUGGGAUUUCUUGCCGAACUGUUUCGGUCUCUGAAUGGUGAUUUAAAAUUACCUGUCUGAAACUGUAUAUGGGUUCGCUUGUUAUGACGGAGGGUGUGAAAAUGUGGCUGUGAGAGCUUGAUUUUUCUUAUUACGAUCUCCUGUCUGUUUUUGUUUCAGUUUUAAAAAUCAUUUCCAGUAUUAACAUACGGACUUUAUUAAAGGUUUAAAUCAUCAUAAAAACAAAC